UCGUAACCGAACCCCGCUCCACACAUCACAAAACUUUUGCUGGCUCUUUUUCUCAACUAAAACGAACAACCACGCGAGCAAUAACGACUCCCUCCUUUCGCUAACUAUGCACUUUCAGGAGCUCAAAUUUUGUUGAACUUUUCCUCUUCCUUUUUAAUUUUUUUUCUUUCUCUUUAUGAUUUUCCACUUCUCUUUAUUUAGUAUCCUUGAUUUCGAUUUGUUAGUAUUUAUUUUUCUUUUACCUUGAUUUUUCUGUUUUCGGCUUGUUUUGUUUACGAACUGCUUCGGUAGUCUGAAGAAAGCUCGAGUGCUAGGGUUUUAGUUUUAGAUUGAUGGCUAAUACGAGACGAAACGACAACGUUUUGCCCUCGGAAGUCGGGAUUCCUUCCGGAUUGAAUCGGAUCAAAACGCCGCGAGUUUCUUUGAAGGAACAACCGAGUUCGAAGCUGGGAGAGUUGAACGAGUCAAGGACUUUGAAGCCUCCUUUGAAGCAGAAACAGAAGUCUGUUGCUCAAGGACAAGGAAAAACAUACGGUUUCUCUAAAGAAGUGGAACAAAAAGGAAAGAAGAUAGCACAGUGGUUUUCAUCAUAUAUUUCAAGGAAUUCCACUCAAGCCUUCAAUACUGUUACAAAUAUUGAGGCUGGUAGCUCAGACAUUAAGACACAUGACAAAGAGGAACUUACAAGAGCUAAAGUUGGCUACAUGGAAAAUAGGUUGAAUGGAAAGCAAUCUUCAGCUGAGAGUGCACACUCUAGCAUAUUAUCAAAAGGGCUAAAGAGUUUUUCGCAUGAAUUGGGGCCUAAGGGUGGUAUUCCAUCUGCCCAUCCUCGGGCCCACAGUUACAAGGACUUAAAGGAACUAUUGGGUUCAUUACAUUCAAGAUUUGAUGCUGCUAAAGAGGUGGUGAAUGCAGAGCUGGCUACUUUUGCAGGCGAUGUGAUGGAUCUUCUUGAUACCAUCGAGUCCUCAUCUCCAGAGGGUCGCAAAAUGGCGGUGGAUCUUCUGAUUGUUGCUCAACAAUGUGUUGAAAUGACCCCUUCUGAGUUUCGUGUUAAGUGUGAAACAAUAGUUCAAAAUUUGACUGAAAAAAGACAACAGUGUCAAACAGUAUUAGUGAAGUGGCUGUGCACGCGCAUGCUUUUUAUUUUGACACGCUGCACAAGGUUAUUACAGUUUCAGAAAGAGAAAGAGCCGAUUGAUGAGAAAUCUCUUAAUAAAUUUAAGAAAUGUUUAGAAAGCAUUCCUGCUGUUGAAAUGAGUUGGGUUCCCACUCCUGCAGUUGCUGAUUCUCAUUCAGCUAAUGCCGUAUAUCAGAGGGCUGGUGGUGAACACAAAUUGAAGGGACAAAAUAAGGUGUCUUCUUUCCCUGAGCCAACUUGGAACAGUUCUAUGGAGCCAGCUGGACGGAGUGAUAUAACUUCUGAAAACAAUUCCACUAUUCCUGAGAAAAUUUCACCUACACGGAAAACCCGAUCUGAUUUAAUUUCUCAAGAGCAACACUUUUGUCAAGCUGAUGACAGUAUUGUAGGAAAUUCAGUGAAUACUUCCUGUUGUAGUUCACUUCAUGAGCACAACCCUAAUUUGGAUGGUUCACUUAUUGAGCCUGGACGAACACUAGAUGGAUCUGACUCAGUAAUCUGUAGGAUAUGUGAGGAAGCUGUUCCUAUUUCUCAUUUAGAAUCUCAUUCUUAUAUAUGUGCAUAUGCAGAUAAAUGUGCAUUAAAUUGUAUAGAUGUAGAUGAACGCCUUGUAAAGCUUGCAGAAAUAUUGGAACAGAUUAUAGAGUCAUGGAAUUUGAGUUCCAUUGGAAGCCCUGAGAAUUCAAGAAUGCAAAAUCAGAGCUCUGUGGUUGCAUCUGAAGGUUAUUCUCCCAAGAUAAGUGAGUGGCGAAACAAGGGUGUAGAAGGAAUGUUUGAGGACAUACAUGAUAUGGACACUGCCUGUAUAGAAGAUUCUCAUCUAACCUCUAUUGACUUUAAGGGCCAUUUAGGACUGAGGCUUGGCAACUAUGGAGCAUCAUCGUCAACUGGUAGCAUGACCUCAGUAUCCUCUACUAAUACCCCAAGAGCAAGUCACUUUGAUUCUUUCUGGUUGGAGCGUAAUAAUCCUUCUGAACUAGAGGAUGUGCAACAGAUGGUUGACCUAUCAGAUAUUGCCCGUUGUGUAGCAGGCACAGACUUGUCCAAAGAAGGGUCUCAUGAGUUUUUGCUUGCAUGCAUGCAAGACUUGCAGGAUGUUUUACGGCAUAGUAAGCUUAAAGCUCUUGUAAUAGACACUUUUGGAGGCCGGAUAGAAAAACUUCUGAGGGAAAAAUAUAUACUUGCUUGUGAAGUAACAGAUAUAAAAAGUCCAAUGAGGUGCAUUGAACAAAGGGAAAACUCUGGACUUAUAUCAGAUACUGCAUCUCAAAGUAAUACAAUGUUAACUCCUUUCAAUAUGUCCCAUAAAGAGAGGACAACUAUUGAUGACUUUGAGAUCAUCAAACCUAUUAGCAGAGGUGCCUUUGGCAAAGUUUUUCUUGCCCGCAAAAGGACAACGGGUGACUUGUUUGCAAUAAAGGUUCUCAAGAAAUUGGAUAUGAUACGUAAAAAUGAUAUUGAGCGUAUAUUAGCGGAGAGGAAUAUACUUAUAGCAGUCCGGAACCCUUUUGUGGUUCGAUUCUUUUAUUCAUUCACCUGUAGAGAUAACCUGUAUUUGGUUAUGGAAUAUCUCAAUGGUGGUGAUCUGUACUCUUUGCUCAGAAAAGUCGGAUGCCUUGAGGAAGAAGUAGCUCGUACAUAUAUUGCAGAACUGGUUCUUGCUUUAGAGUAUCUCCAUUCCCUUGGAAUUGUGCAUCGUGACUUGAAACCAGACAACAUACUGAUUGCACAUGAUGGUCACAUUAAGCUUACAGACUUUGGGCUAUCAAAAAUUGGCCUCAUAAACAACACAAUUGAUUUAUCUGGACCUGAGACAAGUGGAACCACUUCAUUAGAUGCUUGUAAUCUACAAACUCAACAAACAGAUGAUAGAAGUCGACACUCGGCAGUUGGGACACCUGACUACCUGGCCCCUGAAAUUCUUCUUGGAACCGAGCAUGGUUAUGCUGCAGACUGGUGGUCAGUGGGAAUAAUCUUGUUUGAGUUCAUAACAGGAAUUCCACCUUUCACUGCUGAAUGUCCAGAGAUAAUUUUUGACAACAUUUUGAACAGAAAAAUUCCAUGGCCGUCUGUGCCUAGUGAGAUGUCCUAUGAGGCUCAAGAUUUAAUCAACAGGUUUCUUAUACAUGAUCCCAAUCAGCGGUUAGGAGCAAAUGGAUCAACUGAGGUAAAAGCACACGCUUUCUUCAAUGGAGUUAACUGGGAUAGUCUUGCAAUGCAAAAGGCUGCCUUUGUGCCACACCCUGACAGUGCAGAUGACACCAGCUAUUUUGUAUCACGUUUUACUCAAAUUUCCAGUGGAUUUCCUGAUGAGAAUGCUUGUAGUAGUUCUGAUACUGACCCUUGCGACUCAGACUCGAAUUCCGGAAUUGAGAUGGACGAAUGUGGUGACCUAGCGGAGUUUGCUUCCUCUCCUCUUAAUCUCUCAUUGAUAAAUUUCUCUUUCAAGAAUUUGUCACAAUUGGCAUCAAUCAAUAAUGACGUGCUCUUACAAUCUGGGAAGGAUUCAGCCAAGAGCUCCCCGUCCAGAGGUUUAGGGACAUAAUUUGAAAUCAUGGCUGAUUCAAGUGCCAAAGAUGUUCUUGAGCAGCUUGGCAGGAUGCCUCAUUUGAGCUCGGUUGAAAGCUGAAACCACCACCUCCUGCCUUAAACGCUGCACAAAAAGAUAUGGUGGCAAUUUCUGGAACUUACAAGCCGGGAGGUAACUAAGGGCAAAGUUAUUGAAUUAUAUGGUCAUUCAUUGAAAACUGUGCGAAGUUAGUGCCAAAUAUUCAGCAUUUUAAUGUCAUAAUCCAGACCUCGGCUAUCUCUAAAAGUGGGAGAGAUAUCCCUUUGAUAUUUAAUACAGUCACUGAUAAGACCACAUAAAGCAGCUUAAUGUGCUUCAUUGUCUUUUCA